AUGCUGGUGAGAAGGGGGUUACUAUUGGCAGGGAGGGCAAGGCCGUGUAGUCAGUCAGUGUUCUCCCGGACUGGUACUGUUGAAUGGGGUCACGAGCACAGACCCAGACUGGUGGUGGACUGCGGCCUUGGUCACCUCAUGACUCACGAACGUAUGGAGGUCACUGAAAGAGCUCAUGAUAGCCUGUUCAGUCCUCGAGACAUUGUCUACCUAUCUCCAGACUCUGAACACGAUUUAGAGGAAGUUGACAGGUGCAAGGUGUACGUCGUUGGCGGAAUCGUGGACCGCUCAUCACCCAGCAAGAAUCUGACACUGCACAGAGCCAGAGUGGCUGGGCUGGAGACAGCUCGUCUCCCCAUCUCUAGGUUCAUGGAGUUCACCAAACCUUCACCCCACAACCUCAAUCUCCCUAUCAACGUUGUGACAAGCAUGCUGCUGGAUGUGUACAGAGGUCACGAGUGGCCUCACGUUCUCCAGACACACAUGCCCAAACGGAAAGGCUACAGGAUCAAACCAGCACUCUCUUACACUCCAGAUAGAGUUCAUGAACAAACCCCCUAAAGCAUGGUCUAUCUGUCACCAAGGUAUAUACACUAGAAUCUUGCCUCCUAUACUCCAGAUAGAGUUCAUGAACAAACCCCCUAAAGCAUGGUCUAUCUGUCACCAAGGUAUAUACACUAGAAUCUUGCCUCCUAUACUCCAGAUAGAGUUCAUGAACAAACCCCCUAAAGCAUGGUCUAUCUGUCACCAAGGUAUAUACACUAGAAGCUUGCCUCCUAUACUCCAGAUAGAGUUCAUGAACAAACCCCCUAAAGCAUGGUCUAUCUGUCACCAAGGUAUAUACACUAGAAUCUUGCCUCCUAUACUCCAGAUAGAGUUCAUGAACAAACCCCCUAAAGCAUGGUCUAUCUGUCACCAAGGUAUAUACACUAGAAGCUUGCCUCCUAUACUCCAGAUAGAGUUCAUGAACCACAACCCCCUAAAGCAUGGUCUAUCUGUCACCAAGGUAUAUACACUAGAAUCUUGCCUCCUAUACUCCAGAUAGAGUUCAU